AUGACCGAGAUCCUCAACAUCGGGAACGAGCCGAUCUUCGACGAUCGCAUCGUCAAGAUCGAGACUCACACGUACAAUCCGUUCGCCAACACGACGUUCGGACACAGCGACAAGAUAAGAAUACCCAUACAGCAACAGGAUCUGUACACGCUACCACAUGAAAGUUUUCUGUACAUCGAGGGCAAAUUCACGGUGCAGAACAGACUCGACGACACGAUUCCAAGGCUGGGAAAUAACUGCGUGGCGUUCAUGUUCGAUGAGAUUCGCUACGAACUUGACGGCGUGGAGAUUGAUCGCAACAGAAACGUUGGCAUAACCAGCACACUCAAAAACUAUACGACGUUAUUACCCGAUAGAGCUCUAAUCCUGACCAAUGCUGGGUGGGACAUUGCAUAUCAACGUGUAGUGGAGGGAGAUUUCAACUUUUGCAUACCUCUCAACAUGCUGCUAGGCUUUGUGGAUGCGGCAGCGCAGCCACGGAUCGACAUAUUCAAGAUACAAUGGCGAAUGCCGCACGUGCUGUUGGAUGAAGUCACUAAGCUAUCGAUGCUGCGCACCUUGGAGAGCGGACGAUACCUCAGCAUGGGAUUCCGAUCGUGGGACCUGUACGAGUAUCCACUGCUUCAGAGCACGACCAAGCACUCGUGGGCUAUUAAGACCGCGCCGCAACUUGAGAAGCCGCGAUACGUGAUCUUCGUGUUGCAGACUGGACGAAAAAAUGUACCGAACGAAGACAUUACCGUAUUCAACGACUGCAAACUCAUCAACGUGAAACUGUAUCUGAACUCGGAAUGUUAUCCGUACGACGACAUGAAUUUGGAUUUCGACAGAAGCAGAUACGCCAUCCUUUACGAGAUGUACUCGCGUUUCCGUAAGGCGUAUUAUGGAUGUGAUUGCGACGAGACGUUCCUGACCACUAUCAAUUUCCUUAUUCGCGGACCUUUCGUGGUUAUCGAUUGUUCGCGACAGAAAGAGUCGAUCAAGAGCGCCACCGUGAACGUGCGCUUGGAAUUUGAUUGCGAGGAGAACGUACCGGAUAAUACGACGGCCUACUGUCUCAUCAUACACGAUCGCGUGGUCGAAUACAGCCCGUUGACCAACGUUGUGCGCAGAAUCACCUAA